AUGUCUACCUCGAUCACCACAGAUGUCAGCAACUAUGAGGCUCAUGGAUACGGCGACCUCAGCCAUACUAUGAAAGCCUUGACCUGGCAAGGGAAGAAUUCGGUUAAACUCGUGGACACAGCUCGCCCGAAAAUCAUUGAUGAAGGAGAUGUCAUACUCAAGGUGACGGGCAGCACCAUUUGUGGGAGUGAUCUGCACCUGUUCCACGAGGCUAUCCCAGAUCUUCAGAAAGGUGAUAUCCUCGGCCAUGAGUUCUGCGGUGUUAUCGCAAGCGUCGGGCCGGCAGUCAAGAAGGUUAAAGUAGGUGACCGCGUUGUGGCGAGCUUCCAAAUUGCAUGCGGGGAGUGUUAUUAUUGCAAGAAGAAGCUGUCCUCAAUGUGUGAGCGGACGAAUUCGAGCGAGGCGGCCUCUCAGCUGUAUGGGCGUCGAACAGCCGGCAUGUUUGGAUACUCUCACUUCACGGGUGGCUUUGCCGGUGGGCAAGCCGAAUUUGUUCGCGUCCCUUACGGUGAUGUGAACCUCCUUCAGCUGCCUGACGAUGUCCCCGAUGAAAAAGGUCUUUACCUUUCCGAUGUGCUAGCAACAUCUUGGAACGCCGUUGUUGACACAGGGGUUGAGAACGGCGACACUGUGGCCAUCUGGGGAGCUGGCCCAGUUGGACAAAUGGCAGCUGAAUUUAGCUUCUUCAAUGGUGCUAAUAGGGUCAUUCUUAUUGACGGCGGCCGGGGAAAAUGGCGACUAGACUUUGUCAAGAAGAUUCUACCAAAACUUGAGAUUCUUGAGUAUACGAAUCUCUCGAAGGGCGAGUCUGUUGCCUCAACUUUGAAGAAAAUGUGCGACGGCCGCGGACCUGAUGUAGCGAUUGAGUGCGCCGCUGGUGAGUAUACGAAAGGGUGGGCUCAUUACUAUGAGAGGUUACUGGGCAUGGAAAAUGAUACGUCUGAGCUCCUCAACGAGAUGAUUACCUCUGUCCGUGGGUUCGGUCGUUGUGGUGUCACGGGCGUAUACACUGGUUAUUGCAAUCACUUCAACAUCGGAUCCCUGAUGGAGACCGGGAUCCAUCUCGCUGGCAAUGGACAAGCUCCCGUGCAAAAGUACUGGAAUGACCUCUUGAAGCUCAUUCAGCAGGAGCAGAUUCACCCUUUGCAUAUGGUUACCCACCGUUUCAAGCUCGAGGACAUGGAGACGGUUUAUGAUUUAUUUAAUAAGCGUGAACCGUCUAUGCAAAAGGUUUUCGUUCAAACGCAAUUUUCCGCGCCUCCAGCACCAGGAGCUCCUACACUAACAGUUUUAUAA